AUGUCAGGCGACCGAGUUGCCCUACACCAAGCCGCGCCGACGAAGACAGUGCAGCGGACAGACGCAGUCACUGAGGGUGAGUGGAUUGACAUCCAAGGCGCACGUGCAAAAUUCGGAGCCAGAACACCUUUCCGUGUCAGUUUGGGUGGUGCGCCGGAUCUCGCAAAGCAGUGGUUGUACGGUGAUGGGCCGAAGGACAAUAGCGUUGAUCGGCUGGUGCAAGCAGGCAAGCCAGCUUUCUCCAAAAUCCAACGAGUCAAGGCCUUGGAAUCGACUGCAGCCGACAUGCAGGUCUACGAGUUCUCGCUGCCCACGUUGGAUUUAAUGGGGCUUGGGAAGGCAACGUCUUCCAUAAAUCUGUUCGGAGCCAUUCGGGAUGUCGAUGGAUCUGAAGUUGAUAAGUAUCUGGACAUCGGCACUUUUGGCAACCCUCGGGCUAGCAUCCAGUUUGCCACUGGAGCAGAGAUUACGCUGCCUAUGUUCUCGUUGAACGUCACUGGCGAACUGAGCAUCGAGGGAGACGCAAUUUCUAAGCGCAGGUCUCAAGCAGUCGGAUGGGUCUCCAUCGAGGUCCAAGGUGAGGUUCCCAGUGUUGCCGGCAUCACGCUGCCCGAGGAGGUGCUCCGGGCUGCAGCGAAGGAGGCUUGCCGCCAAACUUGCGCCUAUGCCUCCCGCAAGUUGGAGGUGGAACUUUCGCAAGAUUUCGCAUCAUGGCGAGCGGAGCGAGUACGACGAGAGCGCAUGAGAAAGUAG